AUGGCCUUUGUGGACGAUGCAGUGUGGCAGCAGGCAGACUGGAAGUGGGACCCCCACGGCCUGAAGGCCACCCCCGCCGAUGCGGCAGCCAGCAAGGCCGCUGGUGGCAAGGGCUUGCAGAGGAACACCGCCGCCGACGGCGGCAAGCUGGGCUGCCAGGUGGACGGCUGCACGAUCGAGGUGGGCGGCAUGAAGGACUACCACAGCCGGUACAAGAUCUGCGAGCUGCACCUCAAGGCGCACGUGGUGCAGAAGGACGGCCUGCCCCACCGCUUCUGCCAGCAGUGCGGCAAGUUCCAGCCGCUGGAGGACUUUGACGGCGAGAAGCGGUCGUGCCGCGCGCGCCUGGACAAGCACAACGCGCGGCGGCGGCGCCAGCGCGAGAUGGCGCACAUGCUCAAGAAGACGGGCACGGUCGACGAGAAGCUGCUGGCCGAGAAGUACGGGCUGACGGAGGAGGAGAUUGCGCCCAAGCUGGCCCGCAUGGCCAAGCAGGGCUUCCCGCUGGCCAAGCCCGCGCGCAGCGGCAGCGCGGGGCCCUCCGCCGCGGGCACCCACAGGAGCCCCUCGGGCGGCUCCGCCAGCCAGCAGCCCACAGAGAUGGGCGCCACCAGCACCUCCCCCGCCUCCGCGGCCGGCGCGCAGCGCGAGGCGGAGCAGCACGCGCAGGCGUCGGCGCUGCUGAAGCACCUGCAGCUGCAGCAGGCGGCGCAGGAGGCGGCGCAGGCGGCGGCCGCGGGCAUGGCGCGCCCGCCGGCGGCGCCCGCCACCACCCUGCCCUCCGGCGCCGCCAUGGGCGCGCUCCUGCUGGACGACGAUUUCCUGGAUGAGGUGUUCAACCCGAUGAUGGCGCAGGGCCUGAUUGCCGGCGCCGGCCAGCCUGUGGGCCCCCCCCAGCAGGCCGCCGCCAACUUCCUGCAGAUGGAUGCCGCCUCUGCCAUGGACCUGGAUGACAUGGCGGGGCUGGAGCAGCUGACCAAGGAGCUGAUGGCGGGCGCGGCGGCGGCGCAGCUGCCAGCUCAGCGCGCCCCGCUGGCGGGCGGCCCCGGCGCCGCCUGGCCCCAGCCCGCCGCGGCGCUGCCCCCCGGCAUCCCGCGCCACGUGCUCUCCUCCAUGCCCGCCACCCCCUCCUCCUCCGACACCGUCAUGCCCCAGCUGCCGCCCUACCUGGCGGCCCAGCACGCCGCCGCCGCCUUCCCGGGCCUGCUGGGCGGCGCGACGGCGUUUGGCGGCGCGCUGCAGCCGCCGCCGCCGCUGCCCGGCGCGCUGCGCCUGGAUGCGCUGGGCGGCGGCCGCGUCGAGUCCCCCGGCUCGGUGCGCUCCUCGGCCACAGCCAUGGACCUGGGCGCGCCGCCACCGCUGCCGGGAUCGGUGCUGGAUGAGGCGCUCAACCUGCUGUCCUACGACUCGGCGCAGAUCACGUAUGUUCCUGAGGAGAAGCUGGUUCGCUUCAGCGCCAAGCUCUUCAACUGCACCCCCGCCCAGCUGCCCUCCGACCUCAAGGCCUCCCUGGUCAACAUGCUCUCCUGUCAGUCAAUGGAGGGCUACCUGCGCCCCGGCUGCGUGCACAUCACAGUGAACGCGCUCAUGGGCCCCGAGGAGCGCGCUCUGCUGGCCUCCAGCGGCGUGCGCGCGGUGGUUGAGCGCCUGGUGGCGCGCCAGCCCGACGCCUUUUGGUCGCAGCACGCGAUGCUGGUGCAGCUGGGCGACAAGCUGGCGCUGGUGCGGGAGGGCCGCGUGGUGCACGUGCUGGCCACCGGCUCCUCCUCCCUCUUCCCGCGCGUCGCCGCGCUGCGCCCGCUGGUGGCCGAGCCCGACGCCGCCGGCUGCUGCGAGGUGGCGGUAUGGGGGUACAACCUGGGCCAAGAGGACGACACGGUACUGGCGCGCUGCAGGGGCGCGUAUGCCGAGGUGGAGCGCCUCAGCCUGGAGGCGGAGCCCGCCUGGCAGGGCAUGCAGAAGCUCAGCCUGCGCCUGUCGGGCCUGCGCGCCGGCGGCGCCGUGCAGCUGGAGGUGAUGCGUGGCGGUUACAUCUCGGGAUCCAAGGCCAUGCUUGUGAGCCAUGACCGCGCCCUGGCGGCCGAGGUGCGCAGCCUGGAGGCCGAGGACGGCGCCACCGACGUGGACACCCUGCUCUUCCAGCUGGCCGCCUCUGGGGAGUAUGGCGCCGGCGGGCGCGAGUACAGCGACGCCGACCGCGAGGUGCUGGGCAAGUCCAGCCGCCGCCUGCUGGCCUACGCGGUGCAGCGCAAGUGGGUGGCGGCCACCCGCACGCUGCUGGCGGCGGUGGCCGCGGACCAGUCGCCGGGCGAGGCGAUGGCGGCGGUGGACAUCAUGUGCGUGGGCACCACCGGCAUGCCGCUGCUGCAGCUGGCGGUGCGCAGCCAGUGCCUGGAGCUGGUGACCGCGGUGCUGGACUGGGGCGCGCAGCACGGCCACGUCUUCCGCUCCACCACCCCCGGCCGCCGCGGCCUGACCGCGCUCCACCUGGCGGGCCUGGUGCGCGAUGGCGGCGCCAUCAUGUCGCUGCUCAGCCAGCGGUGCGCGGACGCGGCGGGCGGCUGGGAGCGCGCCACCGCCGAGGACGGAUCCCUGCCCAUCGACUUUGCCCGCCGCACCGGCACCGCGGGUGUGCUGGAGCGGUUCCUGGCCACCAAGCACUACGAGGCGGCCGCCGCAGGCGUGGCCGCCGCGGCCGCCUGCGGCGCGGCGCGAGGCGUUGAGGCGCCGCCGCCGCUGCCCGCCGACCCCGCCCCCAAGUCCGGCCUGCACCGCCGCAAGCCCGCCACCGACAGCGCCUCGUCGUCACGCAAUCCCAGCAAGAGCCUGGGCGCGGGCAAGGCGGGUGCGGGCGGGGCCGAGGAGGAGGAGGAGGAGGAGGAGGACGCCGUGGCCGCCACCAAGGCCGCCCUCAAGGCAUGCCUGGCCAAGGAGCGGGAGCAGGGCGCGCUGCUGCGCUUCUGCAACCGGGCCCUGGAGUGCCGCUACCAGGCCUGGUACUCCUCUGGGCAGGUCCCAGUCGACAUUGCCUUCCUGGUCAUCGCCACCCUGAGCCAGGGCGCGUGGAUCUUUCGCUGGUCCCUGGCCGCCUCCUGGCUGGGCGUGGCCAUGGUGGCGCUGAUGGCGGGCAACGCGGCCAUGAUGCAGAUGGCGGUGCUGUUCCCGGGGACAUACGUGCGCUGGCGCGAGCCGCUGUGCGUGUGCAGCCACGUGGCGCACAAGCUGGCGCAGACGGCGGUCACGCUGGUGCCGCCCGUGGGCACCGUCUUCUCCGCCACCUACAACCCCACGGUCGCGCUGCUGGAGUCGUCCUCGCUGGCCCAGAUCCACAUGCUGUCCUUUGGCAUGAAGAUGCGCUUCUGCACGCACCUGCUCGUCGGCCUCUUCCACUUCACCUCCGCCAUCGCCGCCAACGACGCCGUCUGCGCCGCAGCCUUCCCUUUCCUGCCAGGCGCGCAGCAGCAGGGGCGCGGGCGCACGGCCGGGACGAGGCUGCGGCCGGGGCGAGCCGCUGCGCAUGCAGGCCUGGUGGCCUGCGGGGUGUGCACCGUGCUCAUGGUCCUCUGGCAGGCGCUGGCCUGCUUCGCGCUGCCCUGCACGCUGGUAUACGCAUCAGAGAAGCGCGCCCGCCGCAUCUUUCUGGAAACGAUGUCGGACCAACCCCUUGAGGCGUGCGGGGCUGCGGGCACCCGCCGUUCCGCCACCAGCAACGACGAUGCCUGA